AUGAGGGUUCCGGCUCUUGGACCUGCUGGACGGGGGGCCUUGACGGCCUCUCGCUCUGCCCCUCUACGCCUGCAGUCGAGUAAUUUGAGAGCCCUUUCCAGAAGCCUCGCGACUGCCACAGAAUCCGCUUCGCCUUCUUCGCCUGAUCUCUCAUCCCGUACACCUCCUUAUCCGAAACUCCUCAAACGUAUGAGUGAGGUUCGGAGAAUUCUGGGUUCCUCCCGUGCGUUGACCCUCGCCGAGAAGAUCCUCUACUCUCAUCUCGACAACCCUGAGGAUUCGCUUUUGACCGGUACCGACAAUGGCUCAAACAUUCGCGGUGUUGCCAACCUGAAGCUCAAGCCUGACCGGGUUGCCAUGCAAGACGCGUCUGCCCAAAUGGCUCUACUGCAGUUCAUGUCCUGUGGUCUUCCGUCUACUGCGGUGCCAGCGAGCAUUCACUGCGAUCAUAUGAUUGUUGGUGAGAGGGGAGCCGAUACUGAUCUUCCUUCUUCAAUUGCUGGCAACAAGGAAGUCUUUGACUUUCUUGAAUCCGCUGCUAAAAAGUAUGGAAUUGAGUUCUGGCCUCCUGGCGCUGGUAUCAUCCAUCAAACUGUGUUGGAAAACUAUGCCGCGCCUGGCUUGAUGAUGCUCGGAACGGACAGUCAUACCCCCAACGCCGGUGGUCUGGGUGCGAUUGCUAUUGGUGUCGGUGGUGCCGAUGCCGUUGAUGCGCUUGUUGAUGCACCUUGGGAACUUAAGGCGCCCAAGGUUCUCGGUGUCCGUUUGGAGGGCAAGCUGAGCGGUUGGGCUGCCCCUAAGGACGUCAUCCUGAAUCUGGCUGGCCAAUUGACCGUCAGGGGUGGAACUGGCUCCAUUAUUGAAUACCACGGACCUGGUGUUGAGUCUCUCAGCUGCACUGGCAUGGCUACUAUCUGCAACAUGGGUGCUGAGGUCGGAGCAACGACCUCUUUGUUCCCCUUUUCGCCAAGCAUGGUUCCUUACCUUGAAGCAACUCACCGUGGUCCCAUUGCCCUCGCUGCGUCUACCAUUGCCUCGUCGCCGGGACCCCACAACCUCCUGCGGGCGGAUGACGGAGCCGAGUAUGACCGUCAUAUCACCAUCGACCUUUCCAGUCUCGAGCCCCAUAUCAACGGUCCCUUCACGCCCGAUCUGUCCACCCCCUUGUCCAAGUUCAGUGAAACUGUGAAGAAGAACGAAUGGCCUGAGACUCUCGGAGCUGGCCUCAUUGGUAGCUGCACCAACAGCUCCUACCAGGACAUGACCCGCGCCGAGGAUCUUGUCAAGCAGGCCGAGGCAGCAGGCCUUGAGCCCAAGUCGGACUUCUUCAUCACACCCGGUAGCGAGCAAAUUCGGGCCACUCUGGAGCGUGACGAGACUCUUUCCACAUUCUCCAAGGCCGGUGGAACUGUCCUGGCCAAUGCUUGCGGACCUUGCAUUGGUCAAUGGAAGCGAACGGACGGUGUCGAGCAAGGCGAGAGCAAUGCCAUUCUGACAUCUUACAACCGUAACUUCCCCGGCCGUAACGACGGUAACCGCGGGACCAUGAACUUCCUCGCUUCUCCCGAGAUUGUCACCGCCAUGUCCUACGCCGGCUCCACCACCUUCAACCCCAUCACCGACUCCAUCCCCACCCCGUCUGGCAAGCCCUUCAAAUUCUCCGCCCCUAGCGGCUCCGACCUCCCUUCUUCCGGCUUUGCCCAGGGCAACCCGGACUUCCUUCCCACGCCCGGUAUCCCCGACCCCUCCGCCCCGGUUAUCGUCGAUCCCAAGUCCAGCCGUCUGGCUGUCCUUGAGCCCUUUGAGCCUUUCCCCGAGGGCGACAUCGAAGGCGUCCGCGUCCUCUACAAGGUCAAGGGCCAGUGCACCACCGACACCAUCUCCGCCGCCGGCCCGUGGUUGAAAUACAAGGGUCACCUCCCCAACAUUAGUGCCAACACUCUGAUCGGCGCCGUCAACGCCGCCACCGGCGAGACCAAUGUCGCGUACGACGUCGACGGGGCUACUUCGUCCAUUCCCGAGCUCGCCGAGCGCUGGAAGGCCCAGGGCCGCACCUGGCUUGUCGUGGCCGAGCACAACUACGGCGAAGGUAGCGCUCGUGAACACGCCGCUCUCCAGCCCCGCUACCUCGGCGGCCGCAUCAUCCUCGCCAAGAGCUUUGCCCGCAUCCACGAGACCAACCUCAAGAAGCAAGGUGUCGUGCCUUUGACGUUUGCCAAUGAGGCCGACUACGACCGCAUCGACGCCUGCGAUGACAUUGCCACUAUUGGCCUCUACGACGUCCUCAAGGCCGGCGGCAAGGGCGACGUUUCCCUCCGCGUCACCAAGCAGAAGACUGGCGAGACGUUUGAGAUCCCUACCAAACACACCCUCAGUGUCGACCAGGCUGCUUUUGUCCUUGCCGGCAGCGCCCUCAACGUGCUUGCCAAAGCCAAGCGUGCUUGA